GAUCAGUGGACCAGCCAUGGCACCAGUCAUUGUGACUGAUCCCAUUAUCACCUCUGCUAAUGUUGCUUUUCCAUGACCCGAGCAGUCCGUUUGUUUUGGUAUUCCAAAGAGUAGACAGUCACUGAAUGCUACAUCACGCUAUACCAAUGUGUGUAUCAUGAUGAUAAAGUACUGCAACUUAGUCAUUAGGUUCCACUUUAGUAUUAACUGCAGUUGCUUGAAUUUCGGCGUUGCACCUAGUAAACAAAAAAACAAUGGUCACUGGCCAUCACUUAAGUUGAGUUGUACCUCAAAGAGGAAGUCCAAAAGGAUCCCAUUUUCUGAUAGUAAAAUAACUGAUUAAACUACAAAGAAAUAUUUACACCAAACUCUUACUAACAUCGUCGCGGGGGUGCUGGAGCCGAUCCCAGCUAUCUUCGGACAGCAAGCUGUGUACACCGUGAGCAGAUUGCCAGCCAGUUGCGGGGCCAAUACCAACAUCAAUACAUAAAAAUAUGUGACAAAUCAGUGCUGACAAAUUGACACCCCACUCUUGUGUCGACGUCGCCGGUGACAGAAGAAAUGUGAAUAUUUAGCAGUAUAAACAAAUGUGGCCCAGCACCAGUCAGACUUUUCUGUUCCCCUUCAACGUCUGUGUCAAAGUUGGCGUGUUUAUUUAAUUGUUCCUGCUCACAUACGCUGCAGGGUGAAUGAAUGCGCACAUCUAUUUAGGAGGCAGUUUUGUUUGUUCUAUGUACUAUGUUCUAUGUUCUAGCUACACCAAUUCAUCAUUAAAUAUUGAUUUGCAGUGCAAAUCCCGAAUAAAUGAUUAGAAACUGAGUUCAUAUCUUCCUUAAAGCAGUCUGCGUAAGUUGAGGUUGUCAGUCCAGCAGAUUUUUAAAAGGGGUUGAUGUAAGGUCAAAGGUGGACUGCUUUCCCUCACCACCCACGGAAACCAAAUUACAGGCCUGCAUUUGCAGCUGCAGAGACAUCUCAGAGGAACAGAUAAGCGGCCUCGCUGGUUUCAUGUCCGAAAUUCGAUUUUCCUGCUACUCUCAUCCAUUCUGCACCCCAAGAAGACUUCUUAUCGGAUGGCUCUUUUUCAUUGUCCGCGGUAUUAUUUUUCUAGAGGCUCGUUAACCGUAUUAGCGGCAUAGCGCGAGUCGGAAAUUGUGUAAAAAUACAAUUUGUGUGGAUGGAUACUUCAGUCACAUUUGUAGGGAAAACAUUGGAGGAAUCGUCUCAAUGCAUCAAUGGAAAUCACCUUUGAAAAUUGUGUCAUGUCACCUGAUACGGAGGGGCUGAAUUUAUGCCUGCGUGGGUUUUCUCCGGGUACUCUGGUUUCUUCCCACAUCCCAAAAACAUGCAACAUUCAUUGGACACUCUAAAUUGUCCCUAGGUGUGGUUGUGAGUGUGACUGUUGUCUGUCUCCCUGUGAUUGACAGGCGACCAGUUUAGGGUGUACCCUGCCCGCCUCCUGCCGUUGACAUCUGGGAAAGGCUUCAGCACUCCUGCGGCACUCAUGAGGAUGAGCGGCUAAGAAGAUGAAUGAAUAUACAUUGUGACAUGCAUCCUCCCUCUCAGUGGGGUUCGUCACUCUUCGUUGCACAUCAUCAAAAAGGGAGUGCUCAUUGUAUUCUUUUGUAUGUCUGUGACACAGAAUUUAACUAUUUGCUCUUAAAACACUUCUGCAGCCCCAGUACCAAUGAAGUUGGGCUGUUGUGUUAAACAUGAAAACAUCAUACAAUAAUGUGCAAAUCCUGUUCAAAUUAUAUGUAUAUGAAUACACUACAAAGACAAGAUAUUUAAUGUUCAAACUGAUCAACUUCGUUUUUCGCAAAUAAUCAUUAACAUGGAAUUUCAUGACUGCAGCACGGUCCAAAAAAGAUGGGACGGAUGACAAAAAAAGAGAGGAAAAUGAAUCCUUAUAAAAUACCCGUUUAGAACGUCCCACAGGUGAAUGGACUAAUUGGCAACAGGUGGCUGCCACGUAUAGUAUAGUAUAGUUUAAAAGGAGCUUCCCUGAGUUGCUCAGUCAUUCACAAGCAAAGAUGGAGUGAAGUUCACCUUUUUUGUGAACAUGUGCGUGAGAAAAUAUUUGAAGAGUUCAAGGGCAACUUUCCUCAACGUACAGUCGCAAGGAUUUAGGGAUUUUAUCGUCUACGGUCCAUAAUACUGUACCAUCAAAAAGUUCUGAGAAUCUGGAGAAAUCACUGCAUGUGACCGUGUACAGGUGGCACGUGGAGGCUCAAGGAUGAAAGUUGUUCAGUAACCAUGACCCUGCUGGCUGGUGACGGCUCUGACUACGACUACAGUGCCCUGAGUUACGCCUCUGAUACCUCCAUCAACCCUCCACCCCUACAGGAGCAGGAGGCACGCAAAGGAGCUUUCUACAAAAGGGCGCAGCAAGCCCCCGGGCGUCCAACACACGGUGACCUUGCAUCACUGUCAAACACACGCAAACUCCACGCCAUUAUCAAUGUGGGCGGCAUGCGCUACCAGCUGCCUUGGACCACUCUGGAGGACUUCCCGUUGACCCGCCUGGGCCAGCUGCACUUGUGCAGCAGCUUUGACGAGAUCAUGGGGAUUUGCGAUGACUACGAUGUCACACACAACGAGUUCUUUUUCGACCGCAACCCAUGUGCCUUCCGCACCAUUCUGACCUUCCUGCGGGCCGGGAAACUGCGCUCCCUCAGGGAGAUGUGCGCCCUUUCCUUCAGAGAGGAGUUGCUGUACUGGGGGGUCCCAGAGGAGAGCCUGGAGUGGUGCUGUCGCCGGCGUCUAUUACAUCGCCUGGAGGAGUUUGAGGCCAUGGAACGAGCUGCUGAGGAGGAGGAUCUUCUGUCUGAUUCGGACAACGUAGGGCAUCCAGCAGAGUCCUGCUUGAGUCGCUUCAUGAACAAGCUGAGGGACAUGGUAGAGCGACCUCACUCUGGACUCCCUGGGAAGAUCUUCGCUUGUUUGUCGGUGUUGUUCGUGACCAUCACUGCGGUCAACCUCUCCAUCAGCACCAUGCCUGCACUGAGGCAGGAGGAAGAAUUGGGCACUUGUUCCCAGAUGUGCUAUAACAUCUUCAUCGUGGAGACUGUGUGCGUGGCCUGGUUCUCCCUGGAGUUCUCCCUGCGUUUCAUCCAGGACCGCUCCAAGCUGACCUUCCUGCGACAACCCCUCAACCUCAUCGACGUGCUCGCCAUCUUGCCCUACUACAUCACGCUGCUGGUGGACUCCACCUCCAAGGGCGAGAGGCGUCCAGGCUCGGGAAGCACCUACCUGGACAAGGUGGGCCUGGUGCUGCGUGUGCUACGGGCUCUACGCAUUCUCUACGUGAUGCGGCUGGCUCGCCACUCGCUGGGCCUGCAGACUCUGGGGCUGACUGCCCGUCGCUGCACACGCGAGUUCGGCCUCCUCCUCCUCUUCCUAUGUGUGGCCAUUGCUCUCUACUCGCCGUUGCUCUACCUGAUCGAGAACGAAAUGGCCGCCACGCAGGAGUUCACCAGCAUCCCCGCCACCUACUGGUGGGCGGUCAUCACCAUGACGACGGUGGGCUACGGCGACAUGGUGCCACGCAGCAUCCCUGGUCAGGUGGUGGCCCUGAGCAGCAUCCUGAGCGGCAUCCUCCUCAUGGCCUUCCCCGUCACCUCCAUAUUCCACACCUUCUCACGCUCCUACAUGGAGCUCAAGCAAGAGCAGCAGAGGAUCCUGCAAAGGAGGACGCACUUCCUGCUGCGUGGACACAUGACCGGCCUGGGGAGCAACCUCUCCAUGGAGAGCGACAUGCUCUUCCCCAUCGGGGCAUCUGACACCCCGGAGUUGGACGACUUAAACCCUGACCAGAUAUAGACAAAAAGGACGAGAGGUCUUCCCGGAGAUCCAUCCUUUUUGAGUAGCACUGAACCUAUGGACAAACAAGGAAGGAAGAAUGAAUUUAUGUCUGGACAGAAUGUAAUUUAACAUUUGUUUUACAUUUCAAAUGGGGUGUAGCUUUCAAGUGUCACUAUCAUACAACAAAUAUUUUUGUGGUUUAAAAAAAAAAAAGAGAAGUAAAAUUCACCAAUCAGGCCUGCUACCUGCUGUAUAUGAGAAAGUGGCACUUGUGCAAUUUAAUGAGAUUCAAUACAAUAGCUGUACAAAAAAAUAUCAAGUCGGCAUUUAGUGCUCCAUUUCACAUGUAUUUACGUGAGUGCUGUUGGCCACCUGCCAAUCGCAAGGCUCACAUGUAGACAAACUUUUUUUGAGUGUUGUGGGGCAUUUAUCGUAAUUAUUUCUUUACAUUUUGUCAUAAACGUCAGGUUUACAGAUGCCAUGUCUCUUCUGCAGAAAGAGGAUUGGGGACACACCUUGGUAUCCGAUAUCAUAGUAAAGUUAAUUACAGCUACUAUGUGGAAUAAAACUCUUGGGUUUUUUUCCCAAGGGGAAAAUUUUGGUUUCUAUUUGAGGUUUGGAAUUUAUUUGUUCAUGUACCGGUGAUAAAUCGCGGUAAGGCAUCUUUUUAGAGUGCAGUAAAUGUGCUAC